AUGCGUAUGAAUGACAGCCGAUGGACAAAUGCCAUUCUGGCUGGAUUCUUCGAAUUGUCAUACUUAUUGCAGGAAGAUCAACCCGAUGAUAAUAGUUCCUCACGAAAACUCUUGAAGAAAGGUAUGAUUCUCAACGAGUCCCUAGAGCGAGCAGAACCCACUAAGCUGCUCCUGCGCACAACAGAGGAAAUGGAAGAAUUGCUGGCGGCAGCUCCAGUCCCUCGACGAUCAACGGGUCUAGAAGUGAUAGGUGAUAGAAAUGGUAAUGGUGCGUGUAACGCAGCGGAUAGAGGUGCCCAGCAAUACCCAUGGGAUCGACCUCGCACUCCAGGGCCAGUGGCGUUCCGUCCGUUCGGAUUUGGCAAAUUGGUGCUGGAUCUGUCUAGGAGGAUAGCAGCACUAACUGAGUGCAUUGGUAGGCCACCGAGAGUCAGCGUAUGA